ACGUCUCCUCAGCUCCGCGGUAAUGGAGGCUGGGGAUGAGUGCUGACUGGACCUGGCUCUGGCUUUGGCUUUAGGUCUGGCUCUGGCUCUCGCACUGGCUCAGAGUUUGGGUCUGAGUCUGGCAGCCGGAAGCCUGGACACCCUUUUUCGACUCCACGAGGUGGAGACAGCCUGCGGAGAAGCAUCUGGUUUGGAGCGCCUCAACGCGGGGAGGGAGUUUUCUUGCCCAGGGUCCAGCCUGUAAAGCCGCCGCCUCCUCUCAGGGAUCCCGCCCCACCGGCUGGGCCUCCUCCAUGCAGUUGAAACAGGUUGACAGCCAUUAACCUGGGUUGCAACUACAGGUGGCACUGGAAGCAGACUGGUUCCUGGACAUGCCCGGUGGAAGGAGGGGCCCUAGUCGGCAGCAGCUAAGCCGUUCAGCUUUACCUUCUUUACAGACUUUGGUUGGUGGGGGUUGCGGCAAUGGAACAGGCCUGAGAAAUAGGAAUGGUAGUGCUAUUGGCCUUCCGGUCCCACCUAUCACAGCCUUAAUCACCCCAGGUCCUGUUCGUCAUUGCCAAAUUCCUGACUUGCCUGUGGAUGGGAGCCUGCUCUUUGAAUUUCUCUUUUUCAUCUACCUGCUGGUCGCCCUGUUCAUCCAGUACAUCAACAUCUAUAAAACAGUGUGGUGGUAUCCUUACAACCAUCCUGCUUCCUGUACUUCACUGAAUUUUCAUCUCAUUGAUUAUCACCUGGCAGCAUUCAUCACGGUGAUGCUUGCAAGGAGGCUUGUAUGGGCCCUCAUCUCAGAGGCCACUAAGGCGGGUGCAGCAUCUAUGAUUCACUACAUGGUUCUGAUAUCAGCUCGUUUGGUGCUACUUACUUUGUGUGGAUGGGUGCUUUGUUGGACCCUUGUCAAUCUCUUCCGAAGCCAUUCAGUCCUCAAUCUCCUUUUCCUUGGCUACCCGUUUGGUGUUUAUGUUCCUCUCUGUUGUUUCCACCAAGAUGGUAGAGCUCAUCUUCUUCUCACAGACUAUAACUACAUGGUUCAGCACCAGGCGGUAGAGGAAAGUGCCUCAACUGUGGGUGGCUUGGCUAAAUCCAAAGACUUCCUCUCCUUAUUGCUGGAGUCUCUAAAAGAACAGUUUAAUAAUGCCACGCCCAUCCCCACCCACAGCUGCCCCCUAUCUCCUGACCUCAUUCGCAAUGAAGUAGAAUGUCUGAAAGCAGAUUUCAACCACAGAAUCAAGGAAGUGCUCUUCAACUCCCUCUUCAGUGCCUACUAUGUUGCAUUUCUUCCCCUGUGUUUUGUGAAGAGUACCCAGUACUAUGACAUGCGCUGGUCAUGUGAACACCUCAUUAUGGUGUGGAUCAAUGCUUUUGUCAUGCUCACCACGCAACUGCUGCCAUCCAAAUACUGUGAUUUGCUACAUAAAUCAGCUGCUCACCUUGGCAAGUGGCAGAAGCUGGAACAUGGGUCCUACAGCAAUGCUCCCCAGCACAUUUGGUCAGAAAAUACAAUAUGGCCUCAAGGGGUGCUGGUGCGACACAGCCGAUGUUUAUACAGAGCUAUGGGGCCUUACAACGUGGCAGUGCCUUCAGAUGUAUCCCAUGCCCGCUUUUAUUUCCUAUUUCAUCGUCCAUUAAGGCUGUUAAAUCUGCUUAUCCUUAUUGAGGGCAGUGUCGUCUUCUACCAGCUCUAUUCCUUGCUGCGGUCCGAGAAGUGGAACCACACGCUUUCCAUGGCUCUGAUUCUCUUCUGCAACUACUAUGUUUUAUUUAAGCUCCUUCGGGACAGAAUAGUAUUAGGCAGGGCAUAUUCCUACCCACUCAACAGUUAUGAACUCAAGGCAAAUUAAGCUGCCGCUCAGCAAUGAGGGAGAACUCAGAUAAAAAUAUUUUCAUACGUUCUAUUUUUUUCUUGCGAUUUUUAUAAAUAUUUAAGAUAUUUUAUAUUUUGUAUAUUGUUACGUUUUGAAAGGUGGGAAGGGUAAGGGAUAUUAAAUGUAUCCAUAAACAAGGUGAUGUGAUCUUUCAUGUGUUAGUAUAUUUGAAUAAUAUACAUAUGAGAGGUAUGCCUCUCCAGUAAAGAGAUUGAUUUGUUUGUAUGGCUCUAGAAUAACUCAUUCAUUUAUGGAUACAUCUUGUGUAUUAUUUGACACAGUACCUUUGGUGUGUCUGCUUUUCUUCCAAUCCUUCUCUUUAUGUUUAGUUCUUAGCUGGCUUCCUUGUGACAAAAAGGGCGAUCAGUGGAGCUCUGCCUGCCAACACCCAUUUGCUUUCUCUUCAGCUGGCUAACAGUGUUGGCAUACCUAGGGAAAAAGUGGAUUCAAGUCCUGGGUGGGGUUCUCCUUGUUGCCUACCAAGAGGAAGCAUUUCUGAGACAGGGACUCAGUUGGUCUGUUCUAUCCUAUGACACUUAAAUACACUUUUAAAUAAGCUACUAUCUUGAGGCUCAGGAUAUUGCUGUCACUUUCCCUAUUCUUUCAUCUUGUUUGCCUUCAAAGAUUUUCCUUUUAAGGUUAGCCAUUCGAAAUAAUACUUUUCAAGACAGUCUUUAGAGUGUUUCACACUCAUGAGUGAGAUGGUGUAUGUCUAAGUCAGUGGGAGAUGAUGAGUGCAAACGCCAUGUGGGCUGGAGUGUAGGCAAGUUGAAGAUACCAAGUAGCUAGAAGAAUGGGUGAAUCCUCAGCUAAACAAUCAUGGAUUCAGUCUAGCAGCAGCCCACCUAUUAUGUUUGGAGAUGUGAGGGGAAAUUAAAUAUAAGUUAUCUCGUUGUUCUUAGAGAAUUUGGCCUGUAUCCAAAAUGUGUGUGUGUGUGUGUAAUUUCACACCCCAGAACUUUCAUGUUUAUGAGCAUUAACCCUUUUAAGUCACUGUUCUUGGCGGGUAAUAUAGUUAGUCCAUUAAUGUUACCACUAGUCAUCUAAACUUUUGAGGGCUUAUCUUAAGAGCCUGAAAUAUAUUCCCACAUGUUUUCUUUGCUAAAUUUGGUUUUUUAAACUAUGAGAAGUUUUUGGUGAAACAAAAUAUGACUUAUGAAGUAAAAAACCAAUCAUAUUUCAUAAACUGGCUCUGAAGACAGUUCUUGCAGAGGAGUUCCUAACAGGUUUUCAGUAAUUGUAGCAUUGUAAGGAAUAGGUAUAUGUGUAGCUACCCAAGGUGACCACUUCUGUGUUCAAAUUAACCAUUGUUUCCUUAAAUACUUUGAUAUGUAACUUUUUUUUUUUUAAGUUUCAUUACUUGAUAUUCAGUCUCAGUUUAUUCAACCUUUCAACGAGUAUCUGUUGAGCACCAGGCAUUAUAUUAGGCAUUGGGAUACAGCAGUGAAUAAGUGCAAAGGCCCUGCCCUCAUAGAGCUUACACUGUUGGGGGCAAGGGUUGCAGAAUAUAUAAAUUUAUAUAUAAUGUAAUGCAUCCUGGUAGUAGUGAUUAAGUACAGUAAAGAGAAAAUAAAUCAGGACAAAGAAAUAGAAAGGGCUAGAAAUGCAGCUGGCUCUAGCAUUGAAAAAUAGCCCAGAUAGCUCACUGCAGUGAGCAAAGUCUAAAAGUUUUAGCUGUGCCUGCCUAAAAGUUUCUUGCAGAAAUUAGUGCUUUCAGUAGCAUUGUGUGUAUGAGGGAAUUGUGAAAGUUAAUACAUUGUAACAUUCUAAUGUCCCAGAUUCAACAACAACAACAACAAAUAAAUCACAAGGUACACAGAGAAACUGGAAAUGAUGGCUCAUUCAAAGAAACAAGACAGAGAAAUUAUUUCUGUGGAAACCUGGAUAUGAACAGAUUGGAAGAAUAUAAUACAAUGAUAUUAAACAAGCUCGAACUAAAGGAAGGCACAAA